AUGACAGCUAUGACGCAGUCUCAUCAAUUUCGCCUCCCAAAUUCCUUCAUUUUUGAUCCAAUUUCUCCAAAGAACUCUUUCUCUUUGAAAACCUGUUGUCCCUAUGUACAUCCGAAUAGAUUUCACUCCCAUAAACCUAUAAUCACAUGUGCAAGGAGCAGCAAUAAAGGGCUCUUCGGAUCUCAACGAUCCAGAAAAACCCUAAUUCAAUUUGUCCGUUUCGCGGCAUCGAAUCUCCAUUACGUCUUACCAGAGCCAUUGAAUUCCGUGAUGAGGGAAUUCGGAGGCGGGUCAGGCAGCGGUGGGUCAGGCGGCUCGUGGAAUGGAUUCGGAUGGGGAGGAUUCGACGGCGGUGGUGGGAGAAAAAGGAGGGUUAACCGGAAAUCACAGUUUUGGUUUUGGGGGUUUGCGACAGUUUGCUGUUUAGGGUUUUGGGCGUUGAUUUUGGGUGGAGAAUUGGAAUUAAAGAGCGAUGUAUUGUUAGGGGCGCUGUGUUUGUCAAUGCUCUUGGUGUUGCUUCGCAAUGGAUGUGUUCCUGAAUGGGUGUUAGGUUUUUGCAGUGGUGCUGCUGUUGUGGGUAUGUCACUACACAAGAAAGAUGAAUUGCAGAGGUUUGUUAAAGGUUUUAAGGCAAUGGGGAUUUCAAGAAGACGACAAAGAGGUCGUAGAGCUCUAUGA